AUGGGGUCUUCACUAUUUUCUUCGCCCGCCGGAUGGGUGGUCCUCUUCCUAGCCUUGGUCCAAGUAGUCCUUGGCUCACCACUUCUACCAAAGCGAGCUAAGGGUGCUUGGAUGGGUUUGCACACUGAUUUCCCGGACCCAAGUUUCAUGAAGGCCGCCGAUGGGAAGUGGUAUGCCUUUGGGACAAACGGCAACGGCAAACGGGUUCAAGUUGCGGUUUCAGAUGACUUCAACAAGUGGACUCUUCUCGAUAUCGAAGCUCUUCCAACCCUGGCAGGUUGGGAGACAGAAAAAGACCACUGGGCACCUGAUGUAGUGAUGCGAGCGGACGGAAAAUACGUGAUGUACUAUUCAGGAGAAUCAAAGAGCGAUGCUCCGCACCACUGUGUCGGAACAGCCGUUGCAGACAAGCCCACAGGCCCAUACGUCCCCAACCAGACCCCACUAUCCUGCAGACUGGACCAAGGAGGCUCCAUCGACGCAGCCGGAUUCCUGGACAAAGACGGCAGCAGAUACGUCGUUUUCAAAGUCGACGGCAACAGCGUCGGCCACGGAGGAGACUGCAACAACGGCGUCGCCCCUCUAGUCUCCACGCCAAUCUUGCUGCAAAAAGUUCAAGCAGAUGGUUUCACGCCAAUCGGAGAUGCGGUACAGAUCCUUGACCGAAACACCAAUGAUGGCGAUGGUCCUCUUGUGGAAGCGCCGAGUUUGGUCCUGCAUGAUGGGACUUACUUCUUGUUCUACUCGACACACUGUUUUACGGACCCCAAGUAUGAUGUUCGCUAUGCGACUGCGACUAGUAUUACGGGACCUUAUCAUAAGUCGAAUGUUGAGUUGGUGAAGGGUGGGGAUUAUGGUGGUCUUAUUUCGCCUGGUGGUGCGACGGUUUGUGGAUGUGGAGAUCGGAUGUUGUUCCAUGGUUGGUGUGAUAGCUCGUUGAAGCAGCGUUGCAUGUAUGUGGCGGAUCUUCGUCUUAGUGGGACGACGGCCUCGAUUGUAUAA